UCUUGUUCCCCUUCUUCCCUUCUCCUCCUUUCUCUCUACGCACCCUAAUACAUAUUCAGAUACAGAUAGCAUGUGCUAAUAUACACAACUCUGUACAUGUCUACCAUGCUCUACUGUUGAUAUUUUGGGCCAAGAUUUCCCGGGAUUUCAGUGUGUUUCUUGGGGCGAAUUGAAUUGUUCUUGCCUUCAGGUGGGGUGGUGGUGUUUUGAUAGUUUAGUGAUGUGAGAAAAAUGGGUUCUUAAUUAUUUCCUAAAUGUUAAUCGAAAGAUUUAAGCUUUUCGCAAUUUUGGGUUUUGGAUUUUUUUGUUGUUAAAAUGGGGAAUAAGCUGGGGAGGAGGAGGCAAGUGGUGGAUGAGAAGUACACGAAGCCUCAAGGGUUGUACCAACACAAGGAUGUGGAUCACAAGAAGCUCAGGAAGCUCAUACUUGAUUCCAAACUCGCACCUUGCUACCCUGGUGAUGAUGAAUGCGGCGCCUGUGAUCUGGAGGAGUGCCCCAUUUGCUUCUUGUACUAUCCUAGUCUCAAUCGUUCAAGAUGUUGCAUGAAAGGCAUCUGCACAGAAUGUUUCUUACAAAUGAAGACUCCUAAUUCGACUCGCCCAACACAGUGUCCUUUUUGUAAAACUUUAAAUUACGCUGUGGAGUAUCGAGGUGUCAAAACAAAGGAGGAAAAAGGAUUAGAGCAAAUUGAAGAGCAGCGAGUUAUAGAGGCCAAAAUAAGGAUGAGGCAGCAGGAACUCCAAGAUGAAGAGGAUAGGAAACUGAAACGUAGAGAGUUUAAUUCUUCAAACAGUAUGGCUGGGCCAACUGAAUCGGAGCUUUGCUCCACAGCAGCCCCAUCUUUUUCUUCUGGUGUAGAAGAAGGUGACGAAAUUGUCACUUCUCAGGAGCCUUGUGCUGCCCCAGUUGUCAGACAACCUCUACGCUCAAGGCAGAAUAGGGAGGAUGAAUUUGACCUUGAUCUUGAGGACAUCAUGGUCAUGGAAGCCAUAUGGCUCUCCAUUCAGGAUAAUGGCAGGCGGCGAAAUCCAGUCUACGUUGAGACUGCUCCAUCAGAGCAAUACACGGCCGAAGAACAGUGCAAUACGGCUAUCAUGGGUCCAGUUGCGGGAUCUUCCUCCUCUCCUUCGGGUGGUCUUGCAUGCGCAAUUGCAGCCCUUGCUGAACGCCAGCAAAUGGGUGGGGAGACCUCCAAUAGCUAUGGAACAAACAUGUCUGCGUACAACAUGCAUCCUGGAUGUGACAGGUUUCAGAACACACAGCAUGAAUCAGAGAACUUUGCUGCUGCAGGGAACUCGGUCGAGGUGUCACCUGAUAUUCAAAUGGCAAUGACUAGAGGUGAUCGAGAGUGGGUAGAUAAUAGAUCAGAGAUUGCAGAUGUGGGAACCAGCUAUGCAGGUUCUGAUGAUGUAGAAGAUGAUGCAGCUCAUGCAGCAUUGCCAUCACAAGAUGAAUCUGAUGGCACAUUUCAUCCUGUUGGAGGUGCAAUCGUUCCUGAAACUUUUGAGGAGCAGAUGAUGCUGGCUAUGGCUGUUUCACUGGCUGAGGCUCGAAAUAGAUCAAGUCCACCAGGUGUUGCAUGGCAAUAGCCUUAAAAGAGUCCUAAGGAUUGGUUCUCGGUUCCUAUGUCUCUUGUGACCCGCCUGCCUCUUCUCACGUGAAGUAUUUCUCCUGUCUCUUCUUUUUUUUUUUUCUCGAUAUACAGUGUAAGCAGGAAAAAAGGAAAAAUGAUUCUAGAGAAUGAAUGAAUGAUCCUAGUAUCAGUCUUUUUAGAUUGAGAUCCUUAAUCUUCAUAAGAAGUGAUGUCCAAGAGAUCGAGUAAACGGGGGCAUGUAAAUGUGGUUCCCAGAGUUGAUUAGCUUCAUUGUUGUAUAUUCGCCACAAUGUCUUGGUACAUGUGAUCUGAUUUGUUGCUCUUGAUAUAUAUAUAUAUAUAUAUAGACAAUUUAAAUUA